UCCUUAGCAUAAACCAAAAAAAAAAAAGCCAUGAAAUACAAUGAAAUUUCCCACUUCAGCCACCUCCAACACACACUCAAAUUUGAGUACACAGAAUUUCCAUUCAAGUGUGAUGGUUGCAAAGAAGUAGGCAUUGGCUCACGCUAUAGAUGUGCCACAUGUGACUUUGACCUCCACAUGCAUUGUGCACUCCCUUCCUCUUCAAUCACCCAUCCUUUCUACACAAAAUGUUCCUUCCAGUUCCUCUCACGCCCUCCUGGUGACACGCCACGCUUUUGCAAUGCUUGCGAAAAGGAUGUCACAGGGUUCGUGUACCAUUGCAAGUCAUGCGGGUUUGAUCUCCACCCAUGUUGUGCUAAGCUCCCUAUGAUGCUUGAUGAUGGGGAUGUCAAGCUGUAUUUGUACAGGAAAGUGAGUGCAGCUUGCCACAAGUGUGGAAGAAAAGGAAGAAGCUGGAGUUAUAGGUCUACAUGCAAGAAAUACAAUUUGCAUGUGGCUUGUGUGAGGGAGAUGCUUAUGGAAAGUUGGCAUGAUAUAUAUGUUGGAAGAGGAAAAGGUAGGAGAUUGGAAACAAGAAUUCCUAGCCUUAAAAAUACACUUCACACCCACCACAAAAAGAGCAAGGGUAAAGUGCAAAAGUGUUGUGAGAUAGCUGGAUUGGCUGUGCAAUUUAUCAUAUCAGCUCUGCUAGGAGAUCCCACCACUCUGAUUGCUGGAGUGAUAGGGUCCUUGAUGUCACGCGCUUGAUGAUUGAUGUGUGGUUGAAUCGAUAUAUGGGAUUUUGCGGUUUCAGUGAUUUUCUGUGCUUGUGUUUGUAGGGGAUGUUGGAUGCUGAUCAAUCUGGGUAGUGGAUUAAGGUCCAGAGGACCAUGACCAUGACCAUGAGUCUAUAAGGUAAAUAAGUGGCAAUGAUAUCCAAUGUUCUCCAAACGACUUCUUUUUUCUUUCUUCGCUUGUGAUUCUCUGUUUUGAUUGAUGGUUUUCAGACUUUAGCUUCGUAAUAUGUAAGUGGUCAUCAAAUUGGAAAAAAAUCCGACUGAGAAGAUCCUACUUUGUGGCACAA